AGCGGGGAGGCAGGGCGGCGGCGGCGGGGGCCGGCGGCCGGCGGGGAGGGCCGGCGGCCCGGCCCGGCCCGGCGCGGUGCGGCGCGGCAGUGCGAGGGGCGAUGGCGGAGGGCGGCCCCCCCGGCGGCGGGGACCCGCCCGUUGCCUCAGGCGGGCAGGCAGGUCGUAACCUGAAGGAAUGGCUUCGGGAGCAGUUUUGCGAUCACCCCAUCGAACACUGCGAGGACACCCGGCUGCACGACGCGGCCUACGUGGGGGACCUGCCCACCCUCAAGAGCUUGCUGCAAGAGGAGAGCUUCCAAAGCCGGAUCAAUGAGAAGUCGGUGUGGUGCUGCGGCUGGCUACCCUGCACACCGCUGCGCAUUGCCGCCACCGCCGGCCACGGCCCUUGCGUUGACUUCCUCCUGCGCAAAGGGGCCGAGAUCGACUUGGUGGACGUGAAGGGGCAGACCGCCCUCUACGUGGCUGUGGUCAACGGGCACCUCGAGUGUGCCAAGAUUCUCCUGGAAGCUGGGGCAGACCCCAACGGCAGCCGGCAUCACCGCAGCACCCCUGUCUACCAUGCAGCACGCGUGGGCCGGGCAGACAUCCUUCGGGAGCUGAUCAGGUAUGGCGCAGAUGUGGAUGUGAAUCACCACCUCGCCUCCCGGGUCCCCAGCCUCUCCCUGCGGCCCCUCACCACGCUGGUGGUCUGCCCACUGUACAUCAGCGCUGCCUACCACAACCUCCAAUGUUUCCGGCUGCUGCUCCAGGCAGGAGCCAACCCGGAUUUUAACUGCUGCGGGCCCAUCAACAUCCAAGGCUUCUCCCGGGGCUCCCCAGUGUGCGUGAUGGACGCUGUCCUGCGGCAUGGCUGUGAAGCGGCAUUCGUCCACCUCUUGAUUGACUUUGGAGCCAAUCUGAACCUGGUGAAAGUGGAGGCCUUGGGAGUUGAAUCCACUGGAAGGGUCAAAGUCAACCCUGAGGCUCUGCAGGUGUUCAAAGAAGCAAGGGGCCACACCCGGAGCCUCUUGUCUCUCUGCCGCAUAGCUGUACGAAGAAUACUUGGCAAAUCUCGUCUGGAUCUGAUCCAUAUCCUUCCAAUCCCAGACCCCAUUAAACAAUUUUUACUUCAUGAACACAAUUAAAGGGGAACUGGCUGCUUUCUGGGACAGUUUGAUUUGGUAAAUGAGUGUGCUGAUAAAGCCAGGUGCCAAUCGUAAACCUUCCCACACAGUUAAAUACUGUAUUGCUCAUGGAGUGCACAUAAUUCCCUGCCCCUGUGAUUUUUCCCUUCCAAACUUAGGGUGCAGUGAUUCUGUCUGUCUAUUCUUAAGCUACCGGUUAUCUAACUGGUGAUCUCUUGUUUGCAACUGGUUGGGCGAUGAGGCCAGUAAGUGUGUGUGGCUGUUACAUGAGCAAAUACAAUAUAUCCUAUAGCUGUUAGCAUAUAUCUGUUUGUUAUGACUCUACCUCUGUUAUUGCUCUGUGUUACACACAACUUGGGUCUCAGCAGCACUUCUGUGUGGGGAAAGGGUCCAUAUUUAAGCCUUUCCUCAUCCUAUAGCAUACAAGGGAGUCUCUCCUCGCCUUGUAGGGAUUUUACAACAGCACUGUUCUCUUUCUGCUGUCAGUAUCUGGCCUUUCUCUUCCCUGUGGAGUUUGUGAUUGCUGCUGUAAAAGUGGGUGUAUUUUCUUCUGUCCUCUUCUGGUAUGAAAUGCAUCAAGUUUCCUGUCCAGUGCUGUAUGUUACUUGGAGAUUUGUAUCCGUGUCUCUACGUGCUGCAAGGUAGCUGCUGACUUGGCUUUCUUCAUGUAGAGGCCCCAUCACGCAGAUGGGAGAGUAGCAGAAUAUGUAAUCAUAGCCUGAGUUGUUUCUACAGAGCACCAGAUCUGUCGUGGCAGCUUGGCUCUCCCUUCAGCACUGUAAUGGACAAGGCAGGGGCUGGCUGGUCCUCCUCCCAGCUGCCUAGAACUGGGUCAAGUCUCAUGACCACUGCCAUAGCAUGAAUGAGAAAACAUGGAGAGAAGAGGAAAAGGUAAUUUCAGCUCUAGAAACUGAUAGCUACGCAGCCUGUUGUGGGGAUGUGAUCCCUGUGGUUCGGUCACCACUGCAGUGCUAGUGGGACAAGGACUGUGAUACUCAGAUGAAGCCAGCACGUGAACCUGAAAGAUUUCUAGGGUACUUUUUGGAAAAGCAGUGGCUAAAUUAAUCUUCUCACUGUAAAAUGGGUUUGAAUAUUUGAGAGUGACCAGGAGCAACAGUGGAGGCAUUGCUAAACUAAACUGUUGUGUUGCUGUGCUGGAUGGUAGUUGAUGCAAUGCCUCUGAAUGUAUCUGUGUGAUUAUGAAGAAAAAGACACCAAAAUGAUGUCUAGACUGCUUGCUUGCGAUAUUGCAGUGAUUAUGAUAUUAUUGAAGGUCCAGUAAAGUAGCUGACAAUGCACAGCACAUAGAAAUAGAAGUUCCUACCUACCUUUUACUCCAUAUCCCACAGUGGUGGUAUGACCAGAGAAAACCCUUCCAGAUACACUUAACAGGUCUUUUUGCAUACUGCGAAUUUCCACUGGCAUUGUGGAAAAGGGAGAAGGAAGGACUUUUUGUCUUUUCUUGAAGAGUUAGGAGGUUAUGUGCUCCUAAAUGCAGCAUUGCAUCCAGCAGCCUGGGCUCCUUUGAUUUCCAGUGCCUCUACAUUGCUGUUUACCUUCAUGUAACAAGCUCAUAGAAAAGUGUCAUUCUGCAGUUAGUUGACAGCCUUUUUCAUUGGGAUCUCAGGGUGAGCCAGCUCCUUAAAGGUAGUGACGUAGUCAUUGUAUAGGAAACACUGUCAAAAUAGCAACUUUAGAAGGACAGAGGUGAUGGUCUCUCAGGAUCUUGGGUAAAAGCUUAGGUGAUAACUGGUACUUGCUUUUACUUCACUGAUUCAAGUUCUUUCUAGUCACUGUGUUAUAAGUUGAUUUUUUUGGACAGUCUUUCUUUGCCAGAUGUUCUUUCCAUGCUCAUGCAGUUGGCAAGGGUGUUUUUCCAGAUGUGAUCCUAAAGAUGUUGGGGAUGUAUUUAUUGUAUGGUAUUAGUGCCUAGGGACCUGUUGUUGAGAGCUGAGGUAAGCAUGGGAUGGCAAGAACAGUAAGACAGCCCCUCCUGGGAAUGGGAUCUAGCUGUGGUUGCUCUUCUUGCCCUGCUGCAGUAACAGGGAAGUGGGGUUGUUUAAGCUGCCUUGCAUUUUGAUUUUGAAUGCCUUUGACCGACAGCCCUGGUAUUCCUGCCUCUGUAGGAGCAGAUCCUCAAGGCUGCCCCACAGGUCUUGCCCCAUAGGUCUUGACACUAGUUACAAAAUGUUCUUUUUCUGGAGGCAUAAAUGAAUGCAAAAUCACAGUUCAGUGUCUGUUCCUCCCAGUGUGGGAUUUGUUUAGGGUGGAGUUCAGUAAGCAGCAAUGGUCUUUCUUGUGUGUUUUAUUAUCUGCUGAAGAACACGUGCCUUUCCAAGAUGCUUCCAGAGAAGAAGGAGGGGCAGGAAAAAUGCAGCCCCUGAUUGUUUCCUGUUAUUUCAGUUCCAUGGCCAGGUCUGGAAGGUCCAGCUGGCCCCUCACAUUGCUCUGCUCACUGAUUUUAGGAUAAGGUGACAAAAUUUGCACUGGUGAGAACAGGCUAAAGUGUGGUGGUUACACUCAGUGUUCAGAUACCAAAGCAAAGGAUAAUUUCAAACCCUCAAGAGGUGAGAUAUGGCAAGGACAUGUAGCUGUAGGCAUGCUUUCAAGGUGAGAAGGCAGCAGUUUUCCACUGUUUCCUUUUCAGGCUUGCAGAUGGUUUAGGUUUUCACCAUGCUGGAGGCCAGGGCAGCCCAUGAGCAUGUUGCCUGAGAGUUGUGUGCUUGCUUUAUGGAAGUGUUAACAUGCCUGAAAGAUGCAAACAGGUUGUAAAGCCUCUUGUCACCUUGCUGGUGGAGCCAUAAUGUUUUGCAGGAGCAUGGGGUGAACAUACUCUCUAGCUCCAGUGUAGAGGUAGAAAAUGUGAGAGGUUGUCUUUAGAAAAUGCCAUGGAAACAGCUUCUUUGGGUCAACUUUUUCCCCCUUGAUUUUCACUUGUUCAGGCACUUUUGCCAACUGGUAGCAAAUUAGUGCCUUUUGGGAGAAGGCGGUAGGGUGGAUGUGGAAGGAAUAUGCUCCUCUGGGGAGAGCUGGCUCCACCUGGAAUGAGCUACGGUAAAAUGCCACGGUGUGGAUUAUGGAGGAUAGCCCAAAUAAAUUCAGGGAAUUUAGUUUUUAUGGGCAUGAUUAACACAGUGCCUAAUUUAACUCGAGUACCUAGUUAAAGCUAAGCCUCUGCAGAUGACCUGUUACAAUUUUCAUUAUAACUACCUUCAGUAUUUCAUUUGUUGACCAUUGGGCCUCUAAAUGACAGUAUCCUACAACAUGCUUAUGGAUAGCCAGCCAGUGGCACCCUGACCAAUCUAGCAACUGUGCUCGCUCCUAGAACUGUAACUCCCAUGUGUGUGAAAUUGAGAAGAGCAUCCUCUUCCCAUGCACAAAGUCAGUACCUGUAGGAUGAGAGGAAAUGGCCUCAAGCUGCAUCAAGGGAGGUUUAGGUUGGAUAUUAGGAAAAAUUUCUUUACUGCAAGAGUGGUCAGGCACUGGAACAGGCUGCCCAGAGAGGUGGUGGAGUCACCAUUCCUGGAGGUGUUCAAAAAACGUGUAGACGUGGUACAUCAUGGCAUGCUUUAGGAGGCAUGGGGGUGUUGGGUUGGUGGUUGGACUUGAUCUUAGAGGUCUUUUCCAACCUUAACAAUUCUAUGAUUCUACCUGGGACUAAAGCGUUUCCUUUCUAGGUCCCAUUGGUGGGGACUUUGACCUCUGUUAGUUUACUGUUCUUUAUUUAUAAUUUGAGAUAUGAUGAUCAUGGUGAUCCAACAGUGUGCUGAACUUUAUAUGUUCGGGUAGUUCUUUUGACCUCAAGCUUGAAGGACUACUUGGGUGUUCAAAUCCAACCAAUGUGAAGUCCAAAGGAGUUCCCUGACCAUGGAUAUCUCCAGCCCCUGAUCCCCAGGUCAAAGGAUGGUUAACCCAACCCAAAAGCAAGUGAGCUUGAAGUUCAUCCAUCACAUGGACAUUUGCAGAAUCAAGGCUUUGAAGUUCAGGAGACUUUUUGCCUGGACCAUCCAUCCAACUCCCAUCUUAACGGAGGGACUGUGCCUCCUGCGAAGGUCUCUCUGUUAAACCUGGAUGGUCUUUUGGCUUGAGAGCCUGAAGGGAGUCCAACUUGGGGACAACUCACAUAUUAUUAAGCUGUAAGUGCAAAGACUAUUGUUAGAGUAAGCCCCUGUGGACAUCUGUGCUGAGGCUACAUAAACCCAGCUUUGCCUAAGUGAAGUGGUUUAAUACACAGACUUAGAAGAUCUGGAAUUUUCGUUGCAGAGAGGUAAUAAUGAAUCUCAAAAUACUUUCGUGAUAUUUGUAGACCUUGGUGUCCUGUCCUGUAGGGCCAAAACCUAUAUCCUCUGGCUGUCCCUGUCCUUUUAAACCCAAGAAACAAGUCUUCCAAUAUGAAAUCUGAGUAAUAAUACGUGUGUGUAAUAUAUCUUCACACUCUAUAAACAGCAUUUAUUUUUGCCUUAACUUGGACUUCACCGUUUCCUCUUAUGUAGCAAAGCAUUCUCUUUUGUAAAUGUAUUCUUUUCCAUGCUGUCCAUGGGGCAUGCUCAGAUAACAUGAAUAACAAAUGAGUAUCGUGAAGUCAUGGGUGGGAAAUUAAACAUUUCUGCAGCGUACAUCCCCUAUAUUGAAGAAUGCCUAUUAUAUUUGUGCAUAAUAUAUAAAGUGUAUAUUGUGUGGCCUUGCUGUAAGCCUGGGUGGGAUGGGAUAACAAAAAUUGGAAAAUGGUUAAAGAACCAAAACAGGCCUGGUAUAAGCAAGGCAGAUCCAAAGCAGUCUUUUUCAUGUGGGCUUCUUUGCUGCUAUAGGGGAUUUCCAGAGCAUGAAAUGCUGGUAGCUGGUACCCAAAAAUAAUAUCCUGUUCUUUGGGAGUUUUGCAAAAGGCAGAGGAACAGCAUCUGUUGGGUUGAAGUGUUUUCUUUUUCCCCAUCCCCAAAGUCAAGUAAAUCACUUUUUACCUGCUUUUUUGCACCUUACUUCACCUUGUCUUUUUACAAAGGCAAAUCCAGCCUUUGAGGUACAGCACCUCCUUAGCCCUUCCUGUUCUAGUGAAGAAAGCAGUGUAAGAAUCUGCCCAGGACAGAGUAGAGGUGACAGAGUUCCACUUCAAGAAGUGCUUAUCAGUGGUCUGUUGGUUUUGCCCAGGGUAAAAUGGUUGUGCACAGCAGCAAGAUCAGAUCUGAGAGCAGAUUGGAGGUAUCUGUGGUGGGCCUGGAUCCACGUGUAGCUGAAUAAAGAUGUUCCAGUGCAAGA